AUGCUUUUAUUCGUUUUGUUACUUUGCGCAGGAGCAGCAUUUGGGGCAUCUUUUAAAAUAAAUAUUAAUGGCACAGAAAAACCUAUUUAUGAUUUGAACGAAGCUGAUAAGCUCUUUGAAAAGUUCAUAGUGGAUUAUGCCAGGGAAUAUGACAGCGUUGAAGAAAAAAUGAUGAGAUUUGAGAUCUUCAAAAAUAAACUUAGUAUGAUUAAUGAGAAGAAUUGGAAAUAUAGCGCAAUUCAUGGUAUAAAUAUGUUCACUGAUCUUACUGAAGAAGAAUUUGCAAAAACUUACAAUUGUGCCUUGCCACCGGAGGAGGCAAAUCCGUGUACUAAGGCCUCUCCCAAUGAAUUGGACCCCACACAGGUCAGGUCAAGUUUUGACUGGCGUGACAAGAACGGAGUCACUCCAAUAAAAAAUCAAAACAAUUGCGGUUCUUGCUGGGCAUUUAGUAUUAUAGGUGCGUUGGAAUCUCAAUAUGCUAUUAAACAACAGCAGAUGUUGGACCUAUCAGAACAACAAGUCGUAGAUUGCGAUCAAGGAGACCAAGGAUGCGACGGCGGGUGGAUCAAUAAUGCUGGAUUAUAUAUAGUGGAUAAAGGUGUUAUGUCAGAAAGUGAUUAUCCAUACGUUGCGUCAAAUGGCAAUUGUCAAUAUGAUUCCAAUAAAGUGGUCGGAAAAGCAUCGAGUUGUAUGCAGUUACCUAGUGGGGUUUCCGAAGAAGAUCUGAAGGCGGCGCUGACGCAGUACGGCCCCAUAUCAGUUGCCGUGGAUGCGACCGGCUGGAAUAGCUACACGGGAGGCAUUGCAUCAUGUCAGUCAUCUGCAUGCAAUCAUGCAGUCGUACUUGUGGGCUAUAACGACGAAGGUUCUCAACCUUAUUGGAUUAUAAAGAACUCAUGGGGUUCCCAAUGGGGUGAACAGGGAUUCAUCAAGAUUCCCCUGGGAUCGGGAGCUUGUAACAUCAAUCAAUGCACUAUGAUAUCGCAACAUGUUGAUACAACACAGGCGAUUUCUCACGAGAAAUGCUACGUGGGUCCGUGGGCGUGUGUCCCAGCAUGGGUUACGCCUUCGAAGCCCACCGUUGGGCACCCCGGUGGGAGGGAGGAGCGGUACGUGUGA